GGUCCAGUAAAUGGGAUUCAAUGGGAGCUCUGAUGAAUUCUUAGGGUUUUUCUCUACCUCCAUCUGGUAAAGACAACAGAUCAAGAUGGAGGUCAAUGAAACCGCGAAAAUAGCUAUAGUUAGACCAGUAGCUUCAAGGCCAAGAUGUCCUAUUUACAAAUCUUUCUCUGAGCUCUUAGCUGGUGCGGUAGAUAUAUCAUCCACAAAUGCUAGUUCUGAAAUGGCGAUUACCGCCAUAAGACCAAAAACUGUCAGGCUGAAGCCUGUAACAAACCAUGCUUUAGUUGGAGAGCGUUCUUCACAGGUUGGAGUGUCUGAGGCACCAGUUGGUUGUCGAUCUGAUUUCAUCUUGCAAUCGGUAGAGAAACCCAAGGUCCUGUAUAAACCCAUAGCUAAACUUGCACCAAGGAAAACAAUUCCUCUCCUUGAAAAUAAGGGAAGCUCUGCAUCUGAUCAGCGACAAGAAAAAGCUGAGGCUAAGGCUGAUGUUCAAUCAGCAAAAGAAGUUAAACAACAUCGCGACCUUACGACAGAAUCUAAACGAAGUCUCUUAGCAAAAUCAGGAGAGGACAAAAAAAUAGUGGGUUCAACAAUUGUAUCAGAGAACACAGAAGAGGUUCCACAAUCUUUGGUCAACACAAGUAAUGUCGAUCGUCCUAGUUAUGAUGGAUAUAAUUGGAGAAAAUAUGGACAAAAGCAAGUUAAAGGAAGUGAAUACCCGAGAAGUUACUAUAAGUGCACGCAUCUAAAGUGUCCUGUGAAAAAGAAGGUUGAAAGAUCAUACGAUGGCCAGAUUGCUGAAAUUGUUUACAGGGGUGAGCACAACCACCCAAAGCCUCAGCCUCCAAAGCGCAACUUGUCAGACGUACAUGUGCGAGCAGGCGUAUGCAAUGACACUUUUAAAGAAACAAAUAAUCCUGCAUGGAGUAACCAACAUCCUCAGACGAGUGAAGCUUACGUCUGUAGGAUAGAAAAUCCGAAUGAUGUCGGGUUGACUAUAAAUUCAGCUCAUUCUAGCAAAGCACCAUGCUUUUAUGAUCCCAUUGCAGCUGCAGGAAUGCACACUGCUGUCAGAAAUUCUGAAGAUUCUGCUGAAGGAAGUAGAAAGUUGGAAACUACUUGUGAUGAACCAAAAACUAAAAGAAGGAAACUUAAAGGCCAAUGCAAGGGAGCAGGUACAUCAGGGGAAAGUACAUUUCCUUAUAUACCAAACCAAAGUACUACUGACUCUGAAAUUACCGAUGAUGGUUUUCGCUGGAGAAAAUAUGGCCAGAAGGUUGUCAAGGGAAGUUCAUAUCCCAGGAGCUAUUAUAGAUGCACAAGUCCUAAAUGCAGCGUGCGGAAGUUUGUUGAAAGAACCAUGGAUGAUCCAAAAGCCUUUAUUACUACAUAUGAGGGAAAACACAACCAUGUCGUUCCAAACAGAAGACCAAAUUCAGAGGCGUCCAAGACGAGCUCAAAAUCUUCAGCUAUGAAAGAGAAAUCAUAGUCUUCGUGAUCAGAAUAACCUCAUCCCAGCAAAAAUAAACUAUAUGGUAAUAUUAUACACUCAAGAAGAUGGUUUAGCAAAACGGAAAUUAAUGAAGUUAAUCUUAUUGCAGUAGUCAUUAUAUUUCCUUUGCUAAACCAUCUGAGAGCGCCAAAUGCUUGGGAGUUCCUAUUUGUUUGCUAGAAGAGGCAACAAUUGAGAUCUUUUCAAGCAUCAAGAAUGUAAACAAUUGGCCUCUAAUGAGUUAAUAAUUAGUUAUCUAUAUAUGUUCAAGACAUCAAUAUUAUAUUGUUAAGUUGACAAAC